UACUUCCUUUGCAUAGAAGCGGAAACCUCCCUGGAGCUUCCUCUGCUCUGGCCGCUCCCUGGGGACCCGCAGGUGUCGCUGCCCCUCGGGCCGGAGCCGGCCCCGGAAGCCCCUGGCCACCCCCUCGCCCUGGGAGGUGCAUUUCCUGCCCGGAGUCUUAGGCCCCGGCGUCCGGCACAGGCGGGGGCGGCAGAGCUGGGGGCAGUGGACCAGCUGCAGGGAGGGCGACCUGUAUGCGGAGCGCCGUUCCUGCGCCAUGGACCGCGGCCCGCCCAGCCUGGAGCCUGCUGCCGCGGCCCCUGGAACCUCGGGCCGGUGCGUGAUCGCGCCCGUGCGCGCCGUGCUCCGCCUGCGCCGCCGGGUGUGUGUCCUGCGCAAGCGGCGCCUCCUGCAGCCGGGUGGGGGGCCCGAUGUCGGGACCGGGGCGCCCAGGCCCGGCUGCAGCUCCCCGGCGCCGCGCGCGGAUACUGACCAGCCGCAGUUCUUCACCUUCGACGGCCCUGCGGAGCUGUCCUCCAGGACGCCACGCAAGAGGCGCCGGCGCAGCCGCUUGGUGCUUUACCCGGAGACCUCGCGCAAGUUUCGGCCGCGCGUGGAGCACAGGAGCCGCGCGCAGCGCUGCCUGCUGCUGCUGGUCGCCAUCGUGGGCUUCCAGGUGCUCAACGCCAUCGAGAACCUGGACGACAACGCGCAACGCUAUGACCUUGACGGGCUGGAGAAGACGCUGCAGCGCUCGGUGUUCGGCCAGCCCGCCGCCGUGGGGCGCAUCGUGGCGCUGAUGCGGGACUACCUGGCCACGCACGUGCACAGUCGUCCGCUCCUCCUGGCGCUGCACGGGCCCAGUGGCGUGGGCAAGAGCCACGUGGGCCGCCUGCUGGCGCGCCACUUCCGCGCGGUGUUGGAGGACGGCGCGCUUGUGCUGCAGUACCACGCGCGGCACCACUGCCCCGAGGCGCGCGCCGCACAGGACUGCCGCGAGGAGCUGGCGCGGCGCGUGGCCGACGUGGUGGUGCGGGCCGAGGCGGAGGAAAAGACGCCGCUCCUGGUGCUGGACGACGCGGAGCUCAUGCCGCGGCCGCUGCUGGACGAGCUGCACGGCUUCCUGCAGCCGCAGCGCCCGCACCCCUUCCACAGCGCCAUCUACGUGCUCCUCAGCGGCGCGGGCGGCAGCGAGGUCACGCGCUUCGUGCUGCAGAACGCGUCCCGCGCGCUGCCCCUGCGCCCCGACGGCGCCCGCAGUGCCCAGACCCAGACGCACGAGGACUUGCGCGCCAGCCUGCAGGCACUGCUGUCCCGGGAGCACCCGCUGUGGCAGGCCGCGGCCGUCGUGCCGUUUCUGCUGCUGGACAAGCGGGACGUGGUCAGCUGCUUCCGCGACGAGAUGGCGGGCGAGGGCUUCUUUCCCGAUCAGGCCCGCGCGGAGCGUCUGGCCGCGCAGCUCAGCUUCUACCAAGUGGCUGGCCGCGAGUUUGCUGUGACCGGCUGCAAGCAGGUGGUGGCCACGGUGAACCUCCUGUAGUGGGGGCGCGGGACGGGACGUUUGGGUUGACGGCAGCAGUGGCGGGUGACCAGGGACCCUGCGGGCUGGUGCAGGCCCCUGAGGCGGCCAGUGCCUUUGUGGCUGCUAGGUUCAGGGGUGCGUCCGCUCAGAGCUCUACCUCCAGGUCCACACCCGCCUCAGAGCCGCAGGAGAGCAGCCCCCACCCUCGUGAACGCGCCCAUUCCCCUGCUGGGGGUCCCAGGCAUGGUCUGGUGGGUUCUGUUUGGUCGCAGGAGGUGGGCGCCGGGUUCCCAUGGUACAAGGAUGACCUCAGGGCCAGCAGUGCCCAGGGUCACACAGCUGGGGCCCACCUUGCCUCGGGGCGGGGGGGAUGGCUGUGGGUAGGCGGCCUCCCCACGCUCAGUGCUGGGGUGGGGCUCUCAUCCCCGCCACCCUGCAGAUGAGCACAGAGGAGGCUGCAGCCAGCCACGACAGUGCUGGGGUCCCGCUGUCUUCUCCCCCGCCACCCCUCACUGGAGUCCCGCUGUC